GGAUGACUUCGUCGGGCGCUCAACACCGAUGUGACUCACCGGCUGACCGCAGCGGCCCCGAACCUUCCUCAAGAGCCCGGUCGUGUUGCGCGUACAAAAGGCCUAGGAGGAUUCUACAGCGCCCCCAUCUCGCUAUUCACCCUCGACCACACCUUCAAGCAAACACUCGAGCGAUUCACGUAAACCGCACCGCAGUUCACCCGCUCUUCUCCAAACAUUCCCGCCGUUGUUCAGCCGCUCUCCGCUUCGAACAAUCAAGAUGUCCGCAAUCACGUCGAUGCUCGCUCGUGGCCGUACCCCUUCUCGAUGCCGCAAAUAGAGCCCUUCACGAAGGCUAAAGAGCCAUGGCAUUCGGAUCCGUCAUAUCACGCUAUACUUUCCUCCAGGUCAACAGGAGGCGAUAUGGUGACAGGAUCAUCCGAUACCGGAAAGAGCGGCGGCCACCCCGACCCUAUCACGGGUUCUAGUGGGGGUGGCCAGCCGACUCACACCCAGACCUCCCCCGUCGUCGCAGCAUUGGUGGCCGUCGCGAUCCUCUUUGUGGCUUCAGUACUCGGCUGGUGGAUCGUAUCGCGCAUUCGGCGCAGUCGCAGAGGUGCCUCGGUCUCACCCAUGGACGCGCGCGACGCCAAACCUAUACUCUCAGACGUCGUGCUCGGUUCUCCUUCCGCCUCAAAAUAUAUAUACACCGCCAAGUGGGACAGGCUUUCGCCUGUCUCAGUUGACUACGCUUCCAAACUCGACCAAAAGCGCUGGGAGUCUCUCUCACAACUCGCGAAAGACGACGCCUCGCUCUCGACUUCUUCUUCCCAUUCUUCCCAAACCAGACCAAAGUCCUUCAGCAUGUUCUCUCGAGCGUCUUCGCCCGCCGCCAUGGUUUCGCCCGACCCGGAGCCUAUCGAGUUCAGGGUGGCCAUGGUCAUCGCGAUGCCCUCUCAGCGUGGGCCGCAGGGGUCAGGGGAGCUCUGCCUCGGUGUCACAUAUUCUCCGCUGUUGUAAACGCUUCAUGCGCGCUGAUUUUUUUGUAUCGUCGACGAGCCCCCGCAUUAAUAUU